GACGCGGAGACGCCGCUGUGCGUGUGUGUGUGCGGAGCUGGAGAGGCUGGGAUUUGGGUAGGCGAUGGAGGAGAUGGAGAACAUGGAGGAGGCGGGCAGGGGCGCUGCCGAAGCCCCGCUUCCCCUGCCUGAGCCCACGGAGGCGCCGCCUGAACCCGCGGAGGCACCCCCGGAGGCCCCCUCGGAGGAGCCCCCGGUGGAGGCCGAGGUCCCGGAGGAAGCCCCCGCCUCUGGUCCCGAGGAGCCUCCGCCUGCGGACAGUGCCGAGGCCGAGACGGGGGCUGAGGAGACGGGGGCGGCAGCGGAGGUUGAACCGGCGGGCGAAGUAGAGCAGCAGGAGCCGAUCUCCGAAGAGGCCCCCGGCCCGGAGGAAGCCAGCGAGGCCGAGGUGGCGGAGAAGCAGAGCGCGGGCAGCCGCACGGGCUCCGUCGAAGGGGGGCUGGAGGAGGAGAAGGAGAAGAAGGAGGGCGGCGGCGAGGAGGAGGAGGAGGAGGAAGGGACCGCGCCUGCCGUCCUUUCUGUCACGGAGACCCUGGAGGCUCUGGAGCCGCGGGAGGCUCCCUCUGUGCCGGCGCUGCCCACCGACGCCACCUUCGCCACGGGGGAGCUGCUGGAGCCGCCUCCGCUGCAGACGGGCGUGGAGCUGGGGCGCCGGAUCAGCAUGAGCCUCCGUGACCUGGAGCGGCUGCCCCACAGCGGGGUGACGCUGGAGUUGGGCAGCAGCGCCGGGAGCUCCGAGGCCGAGGAGGCGGCCGUCGAGACGGCCUCGGAGCUCGAGCAGCGCCUGGCCGCGGAGCAGCUACGGCGGCAGGAGUUGGCCGAACAGUACCGGCAGCUGCUGCUGGAGCGGGCUCGCCUGCAGCACUACAACGCCAAGCUGCAGAGCAAGCUGAGCGAGCUCCUGAACAAGGCCAAGAGCAAGGAGCGCGUCCGGCAGGAGCUGGAGCAGCACAUCUCGGACAAGGAGCAGCGCUACAGCCGCUACCUGGCCAUGCUGGAUGAGCUGCGGACCCAGCAGGCGGACGAGGCGCUCUGGUUCCAGAAGCAGAUCGACGACGCCCGGGUCUCCUGCAGCGAGAAGCUGGCCAAGGUAGAGAGCGCCUGGAAGUCCCACCAGGCGCUCAAGUUGGAGGUGGCCGUGUACACCGUGGGGCGCAGGCUGGGGAGCAAGCAAGCUGCUAUCGACAGAGUGAAGCAGAUCCAGGCCAGGGAGCAGAGCAAGGAAAGGGAGAUGACGGAGGUUCGACUGGAAAAUAUAAAGCUGAAACACAGGAUCCAAAAGCUUGAUGCAAGUUUAAAAGCCAUGGAACAGUUAGCAGAAGGUCUGCACUUAAUAGAUUUUGAGCAACUGAAAAUAGAGAACCAAACCUACAAUGAAAAGAUUGAAGAGCGCAACGAGGAGCUUAUGAAGCUCCGGAAAAAGAUAACUAACACAGUGCAAAUUCUUACUCAAGUGAAGGAAAAACUGCAGUUUGUGGAAGCAGAGAAUCAUGGCCAAAGGGCUCAGCUAAUGGCAGUUGAGGCUUUAGUGGCCCAAAGGAGAGAGAUUCUAACUAAGACUAAACAGGCUAGGGACAAAUUGCGAAUGGACAAUCAGAGGCUUUACCAGAAGUGCGGUUUACUUGGGAAUUCACUGCUGUUAAGGGACUAUGAAGAUAAGGUAACUGCUGUUGAACUACUGAAUGAAAGGCUGGAGAAACUGAAACGCCAUCAUGCUGCAAUCUCCCUUACUUGCAAAGGGGUAAAGAAGAAAAUAAAAGGGGUGACAUCUUUUCUACCGCUCUAAACUUUAUUUUAAAUGUCAAAAAGAGCAAAGUAGAGAGUGAGUGUGUGCACUAUAAAAUAUUACAUUAAAUUGCAAUUAGUUGUUUAUCCUUAGAAUCUUUGUUCCAAAUAUUGUUCCUAUUUCCAGAAGAUAACAGUGCCUUAAAACCAAAUCAAUUUGUCCAACUGGCUUCCAACUGUCAAUUAAAAGUUUUCACA